AUGGGUUGCUGUGAAUCAAACACAGAACAUGGUGAGCUUAAUUUUACCUCGAAUCUAACAAUAACGAGCCAAGCAGAGUUUCAAAAGCUAAAAAGCGAUGAUGAUUUCGACGAUAUCAGCUUGACUUCUAAUGGAGAAUUCCAAGAAUAUAAUAACUGGGUAUAGUGUUUUCCCUUCGAUUGCCCAUUGCAAAUUUAAAGCUAUUUUUCCUAGAAAAUAUAAGGAAAAGCACAAUAAGCGAAAAAACAAAUUCUUCAGGAAAAGACAUGGAUUCAUCCCCAAGUACAUCACGCUCUACAUGUUUUUCCUUUCAUCGUACAGAAAACGAGCUCGCAUUUUUAAUUACAUCAAGCUUUAUGAAGAAAUCAAUAUUCCCAGAUUUACGAAUUAACGAAGUUUAA